UUUCCAGAACCCAGGUGGGGUGAGAGUGAGUGAGGCAACAAGGAAGAAAAUUGUCCAAAGGAGUUCUUAAAAGACCAACACCUGGUGGCUCAGGUAACAGGGCAGCAUAAAUAGCCAUUGUGUGCCAGGAAAGCGCUCAUUUGCCUGGAGACCCCAAGCCCUCGAGGAAGCAAUGGCCAUGCUUCUCCUCUCCGUGCUGGUCCUGCUCACACAGCCUCCAAGGUCAUGGGGAGCAGAAGUGACGAUCCUUCCCCAGAAACCUUUGAUUGACGCCUGCACCCUGGUCAUGUGUAGCCCUGUGGAGAAUGGCCUGCCUGGUCGUGAUGGACGAGAUGGGAGAGAUGGCCCCCGGGGAGAGAAAGGGGAUCCAGGUUCACCAGGAGCUAGAGGACCCAUGGGGAUGCCUGGACCUGCUGGCCCAGUUGGGCCCAAAGGGGACAACGGUCCUGCUGGAGAACCUGGACCGAAGGGAGACUUGGGACCACGUGGACCUCCGGGACCUCCAGGUAUGCGCGGGCCGGCUGGACCAGGGGGUCCCUCAGGAAUGCAGGGGAAUGUAGGACCCCAAGGCAAACCAGGCCCCAAAGGAGACGUUGGACCCAAAGGAGAAGUUGGUGCCCCAGGCAUGCAGGGCUCUGCAGGGACAAGAGGACCCCCAGGUCCCAAAGGAGAGAAAGGUGCCCCUGGUGAGCGUGGAGCCCCUGGGAGUGCAGGGCCAGCAGGGCCUGCAGGACCCCCGGGCCCACAGGGACCUCCAGGUGCCAGGGGCCCCCCAGGACUGAAGGGGGACAGAGGUGCUCCUGGGGAGAGAGGACCAAAGGGAGAGAGUGGGCUUCCAGACAUCGCUGCUCUGAGGCAGCAGGUGGAGGCCUUGCAGGGGCAGGUAGGACAACUUCAGGGAGCCUUCCUUCAGUAUAAGAAAGUGGAGCUCUUCCCCAAUGGCCGAGGUGUUGGCCAGAAGGUCUUCAAGACAGCAGGCUUUGAGAAACCUUUCCAGGAGGCAGAGCAAGUGUGCGCACAGGCCGGGGGGCAGCUGCCCUCCCCACGCACUGCAGCUGAAAACGAGGCCUUGCAACACCUGCUGGAGGCUGAGAACAAAGGAGCUGUGUUUCUGAGCAUGACUGACUCCCAGACGGAGGGCAGGUUCACCUACCCAGGAGGGGAGCCCCUGGUCUAUACCAACUGGGCCCCUGGGGAGCCCAACAACAAUGGUGGCAAUGAGAACUGUGUGGAGAUGUUCACCAACGGCAAGUGGAACGACAAGUCCUGUGGAGAGAAGCGCCUUGUGAUCUGCGAGUUCUGAGCCCUUGGGAUGGGUGGGGCAGCCGGGGUCCAGGUUCCUGGCCCAGUCACGUGUGCUGCCGACAUGACAAGAAAGAGCUGAGGGCUCUGUGGCCGGGCUUCUGCACAGAGCCGUGGGAUGAGUCCAGCCAAGGGCUCCCAUGGAACUCCUCUGUCAGAAUAAAAUACAAAACUUGCUUCAGUGGCUGUUCUGUCAGAGGAAUUAGGGGCCAGUCUGCUUUCCCAGUUGCAAGGGAUAAAAUUAAGUCCCAAAAUCCAAAGGCUUCUCCUCAGUCCUCUGCCUCCUCAAACUGUCAACCCAGCUAGUCACUCCCUCCUCUGUCACUCCCUCCUCUGUCACUCCCUCCUCUGUCACUCCCUCCUCUUGCUUUGGUGUACCCUUCUGGUAGUUCCUUAUCUUCCUCUUUUGCUAGCCCCUCCUCCUCUUCUUAACCACUCAAUGGUGACCUGCUCAAGCCUUACCUCUCCAUUCUCUCCCCUCCUCACCCACACUCCAGGGAUGAGCUCAUUAUGUCGAGGGCUCAGAUCCCUGGCACCCACAUUACAUGCCUGCCUAGGACCUCCCGGAGCCCCGGACCCCUUGGCCAAUGCCAGCUGGAGCCACAGGGCUGAGUGGUUCCUGUGGCUGCUCCUUGUUUCAAGGGCUGAGUCCCAGAAGGUGCACAGUGCCAUGGGCUGACCUGGCAGGUCAUCUGCCUCCCUGGCAGGACUGUGUGGCCCAGUUGAGUAGCCUCCUCCGCAUCCCUGCACACCAGGACCUCAUUCUACCCUGUCAUUGUGACUGCCUGUCGGCUCAUGGGAGGGAGUCCCUCCUGCACAUCCCCAUUCCAGCUGAGAUCUCAGGCACAGAGGGUCCAGCCACGCUCAAGUUCACCCCCAGCCCUGCCCUGGCCUCCGUCCAGGAGGUUCUUCCCCAAUGCCACCUCAGAGACAGCAGGGCAGUUCCUCCUCCUCCUCCCACAGAGAUGCGGGGAGACUUGCUCAUGGCCUCAGGUGUGUCAGUGCUACAAAUUGGUCUCGUGAAAGGUCAUCUGAUCCCAAACCUUAUAUUUCUGGCCUGUCAACAUUUAGGCCAAAGACCUCUGUAUACCAGUUGAUUUUAAUGACACUUGUGCUUAAGAAAUUGGAAGGACACCUGGAUGAAGCCCAGGCUCAUAGGAGAGGCAACAAGACAGGAAAGCAGCCCCCCUUUGUUCCCAGGGACCAGAGGCCACA